GAAAUAAUUACCUGCCUUGAUUGUUCUAUGGCUAGAUAAAAAAGUACACAUACACUCCAUAUAAUAAACGGAUGCAUGUAAAAGAGUCGGGGAGGCUUCGACAUGUCGACCACGGGUCCCAUAAGUAAUUAUUAUGUGGACUCCUUGAUCAACCAUGAGAACGAGGAUGUCCUUGCUGCGACUCGAUUCUCUGCUCCCGGUUCGCACCCAGCUGGCCCCCGUCCGACGUCCCUAGUCCCGGAGUGCGCCGACUAUCCUUCCUGCAGCUUCGCACCCAAACCGACCGUGUUCUCUACGUCCUGGGCCCCCGGACACUCCCAGUCAUCAGUGGUCUACCAUCCGUACAGUCACCAGCCGCACUUAGGCACAGACUCGAGGUAUAUGCGUUCAUGGCUGGAGCCGAUCUCAGGCGCCGUGCCUUUUCACGGCUACCCGGGGAACGGCAGACAUUACGGACUGAAGCCCGACGCCUUCCAGGAGCACAGAGCCGGGGAAUGCCUCAGCUCCGCCGGACGGACCUACCCGGAUUAUCUGUACUGCUCAUCCACUGAUAUGCGAGACAAGACGCCGCAGAACGUCCCCUCUCCGGAGUCGGAGCUUCUUGCGUCUGGGAAGCAUAAGGAGGAGAAGCCGGAGCUAGAUCCUAAUAACCCCGUGGCCAACUGGAUACACGCCCGCUCCACGAGGAAGAAGCGGUGUCCUUACACAAAGUACCAAACUUUGGAACUGGAAAAGGAGUUCUUGUUCAAUAUGUACCUCACCAGAGACCGCAGAUACGAGGUCGCAAGGGUACUGAAUCUGACCGAGAGGCAGGUCAAAAUCUGGUUUCAGAACCGGCGAAUGAAGAUGAAGAAAAUGAACAAGGACAAGAGCGACAACAAGGAACAAUAAUGACUGCAGAGGGAGAGAGAGAGAGAAAUAACUAAUUAAUAAAACAUGAAAAAUAAAAAAUAUAAAAAUGGACAGCACAGAUUUACCAAAACAUAAAGCCUCCACCACGUCCUUCAUCUUAUUUGUCACUUUGGUGGAUUUGUUUGUUGUACCAUUAACCUCAGUCUUUGUGAUGCUGAAUAUAAUUUUUAGUGCAAAAAGGAUAAAACAAAAUAGAGACUUUUGUUGAGAAAACAUUCUGCUUUCACUUUUAUAUUUCUAUGUAAGAAAAAUCUAAAUGAGCAACGUUUGGAUGCCACACAAUCUCUCCGAAGAAAUAGAAUACUUGAAUUCUUUUUGAAUUUCACGAGGAAAAAAAAACUAUAAUUUAUGACGUGAAUGUUUAUGUUUUUUUGUUUUUUUUUCUUCCAUGUUUAUUUUAUUUGUAUACUUCCUGACGCAGGUGUAGAGUAUUUUGUACAGAAUCAGAAGCAUUUGCGAGCGCCUCGUCUGUGUUGUAUUUUGUGAUAGCUGUUGCUGUAAAUGUGCUUUAUUUGUUUGUUUGUCUUCCUUUCUUUCUUUCUUUCUUUCUUUCUUUCUUUCUUUCUUUCUUUCUUUCUUUCUUUCUUCUUUCUUUCUUUCUUUCUUUCUUUCUUUCUUUCUUUCUUUCUUUCAAGAUUUUGGCCAUGUAGCUGGCGAGUUUUAAUUAAAGAGUGUAGCUAAAUAGAGCUCUGCAAAUAUAAUCAUGAUCACAUAAA